AUGGCUGCUACUACUAAUGGAAAUGGGGCGACCCCGGUGGUCAUCGAGGCCCAUAAUGUUGAGACCUACCCGGUCCCAGUUGCAUUCCACCAAAAGCACAAAGGAACCCCAAAUUUGAAGAAUAUCGAGGAGUACCAUGCUAUGUACAAGGAGUCCAUCGAAAACCCCGGAAAAUUCUGGGGCAAGCUCGCCAAUGAUCUCCUCGACUGGGACCAGGAAUUCAAGACCACUCUCCACGGUGGCCUCGAGUUCGGCGAUGUCAGCUGGUUCCCAGAAGGUCGUUUGAACGCCUCCGUCAAUGCUGUUGACAGAUGGGCCUUCAAGUACCCAAACAGACCAGCUAUCUACUACGAAGCUGACGAACCCAACCAAGGCCGUGUCAUCACCUACGGUGAACUCCUCCGUGAGGUCUCCAAGUGCGCCUAUGUGCUUAAGCAGAUGGGUGUCCGCAAGGGUGACACCGUCGCAGUCUACCUUCCUAUGAUUCCAGAGGCCAUCAUUGCCCUUCUCGCUAUCGUCCGUAUCGGUGCCGUCCACUCCGUCGUCUUCGCUGGUUUCUCCUCGGAAUCUCUCCGAGACCGUAUCUUGGAUGCCGAAUCCAAGGUCGUCAUCACAACUGACGAGGGAAAGCGUGGUGGCAAGGUCAUCGGUACCAAGAAGAUCGUUGAUGAUGCUCUCAAGUCCUGCCCAGAUGUCAAGAACGUCCUUGUCUUCAAGCGAACUGGCAAUGAAGACGUCCCAUUCACCCCAGGCCGUGAUUUCUGGUGGCACGAGGAAACCGCCAAAUACCCACCAUACUGCGCUCCAGAGUCCAUGAACUCUGAAGAUCCACUCUUCCUCCUCUACACAUCCGGCUCUACUGGAAAACCAAAGGGUGUCAUGCACACCACAGCUGGAUACCUCCUCGGUGCUGCCGCAACUGGUAAAUACGUCUUCGAUCUCCAGGAAGGUGACAUCAUGGGUACCGCUGGUGACGUCGGCUGGAUCACCGGUCACACAUAUGUCGUCUACGCCCCAUUGUUGCUCGGUGUUGGUACUUUGGUGUUCGAAAGUACACCAGCUUAUCCAAACUUCUCGAGAUACUGGGAAACCGUUGAGAAGCACAAGGUCACACAGUUCUACGUCGCUCCAACUGCUUUGAGAUUGUUGAAGAAGGCUGGUGAUAAGUAUAUCAAUCACGAUUUGUCGAGCUUGAGAGUUCUCGGAUCCGUCGGUGAGCCAAUUGCCGAGGAGGUCUGGAAGUGGUACAACGAGAAGGUCGGAAAGGGAAAUUGCCACAUUGUUGACACAUACUGGCAAACCGAGACCGGAUCCAACGUCAUCACCCCUCUCGCCGGUAUCACCCCAACCAAACCCGGUUCCGCCACCCUCCCAUUCUUCGGUAUCAAGCCAGAGAUCUUGGACCCCGUCAACGGUCACGUCCUAGAAGGAAACGACGUCGAGGGUGUCCUCGCCAUCUCUCAACCAUGGCCAUCCAUGGCUCGUACCGUCUGGGGAUCGCACACCCGAUACAUGGAUACCUACCUAAACGUCUACAAGGGCUACUACUUCACAGGUGACGGUGCUGGCCGUGACCACGACGGUUACUACUGGAUCCGAGGACGUGUCGAUGACGUCGUCAACGUCUCCGGUCACAGAUUGUCCACUGCUGAAAUCGAAGCCGCGCUUCUUACCCACCCAUCUGUUGCUGAAGCUGCCGCUGUCGGUGUUGCUGAGGAACUCACUGGCCAGGCUGUUAAUGCUUUCGUUUCCCUUAAGGAUGGUUAUGAGAAUACACUUGAAUUAAGGAAGGAGCUUGUCCUUCAGGUCCGAAAGUCUAUUGGUCCAUUCGCUGCCCCCAAGGCUAUCUACAUUGUCGUCGAUCUACCAAAGACACGGUCCGGAAAGAUCAUGAGACGUAUCUUGAGAAAGAUUGUUGCUGGUGAGGAAGAUCAGUUGGGCGAUAUCAGCACUCUCGCUGAUCCUUCCGUUGUUGCUGGUAUUAUCGAGACCGUCAAGGCAGUUAGGGCUGGUGGUAAAUAA